AUGUCCCAGACGUCGACGAUAGUGACGGCAUCGGUCGCUGCCGCCGUCACCGGCCUGGUCGCCUACGCCGCCUACUUCGACUACCAGCGCCGCAACAAGGCCGAGUUCCGGAGAGAGUUGCGCCGGAACGAGCGCAGACAGCACAAGGCCGAGAAGGAAGAGGCCCAACAGGAGACCGUUCGUCAGCGUCAAGCGAUCAAGCAGGCGGUCAAUGACGCCAAGGACGAGGGUUUCCCUACGGAUGUCGAGCAGAAGGAGGCCUACUUCCUUCAGCAGGUCUCCGAGGGAGAGACUCUCUCUGCAGACCGUCAGUCCAACCCCCAUACGGACAUUUCCAACAAAGGCAAUAUGGUGUCAUUUGCUGACAGUAGUGAUGAUACAGCCACGCGCGCUGUUGAAGCUGCGCUUGCGUUCUACAAGGGCCUGAAGGUCUACCCUACGCCCGGUGACCUGAUCAGUAUCUACGACAAGACUGUUCCCAAGCCUGUUCUCGAUGUCCUCGCCGAGAUGAUCGCCUACGACGACUCCCUCGUCAUCGGCCAGUACCAGGGCGGCAUCAACGCCGACCUCGGCAACAUGCCCACCGUUGGCCUGGACUAA